UGCCCAUCAUGAAGCCCAUCGUGAGCGCUGUGCAGGCAUGGUCUUGUUUUGUCAUCUCCGUCUUUGCUAUCGUUAUCCUCUCGAUCCUAGGUGCCGCCUUCAAGAACAACCACGAGGAGUUCGUUGGCGGGAUUGAGCAGCCUGAGGAUGGGCCCGCCGUAGCCAACACCGUCUUCGUUGCCGUCUUUGUGUACAUUGGUUUCCUGGUAUUCUGCGGCCUACAAGGCCUCCUUCACAUGCGCGAGAGCCGACGUGGAGCAAUCGCUCUGUAGAUUUGAGCGCGAGCAUCGAUAAAUAUCAUGGAGUUUGGCGUUACAUUCAUUCAAACGGGAAAGACUCGGCUACAGCGAGAAAACAUGUGGCAAUCAACCGCGGCUGCUUAUACUUUUGGGUUUCAGGAACAAGCCGGUUGUGCUCUCAUGGCAAUCCGCGUUGAGCACUUGGAGGCAACUUGACUUGAUCUGUGCGUGAACAAUUUAGAAGAGGAUUGGCUUCAUGUACGAUAUUGGAAGCAGAUGGCAUAGAAUGAAUACACAAGGACCUGACCCCUU